CUCGUAUUAUGUGUCUUGUCACCCAAAUUGUCGCAAGUCCCAAUAGCUUUCGCCUAUCUGUACACACCCAAAUUCUGCAGGUGGCAUUCAGCCUGUCUCGAAUAACAGGCUUCCACAAUGGACGUGGGCAAUUGAUCCGUCUUGUAUCAAGGCCCUUUUUGUUCCCAUAAACAGCGUGCGGCCGCUUGAAUCCACCUGCUGGGCUUCAUGCUGAGAUGGCUUUUGACAGCUUGUUCCGCAAAGCCUUCUGGGCGCUGGCUGGAUGCGGAUUGAUCUAUGCCCUGGCUAUGGGUGCUUUGACUGUGCCGGUUGUCCAGCGCAAUGCGACCUAUGUCCACAACAUCAAUCCCACUUAUUUCCAAGAUCUGAACAAUACUGAGCAGUUUGGCUUCCUCCAUCACCAAAUCCAGCCCUUUACCGUCGUCACUCCGGACAAUGUGACACUGUUUGCCUGGCACAUCCUACCGAUACACCUGUACCACAAGCACGAGAAAUCCUUGACAGAGCAGUCAGAUUUUGGACUCAAACCGUUCGAGGUUGCGUCCAAAAGCACUGGCCUUCAACUCCUCCUCAAUGACCCUAGAGCCACUUUAUUCGUACUUUUCCAUGGUAAUGCCGGUCAUCUCGCCUCCAACUACCGCCCUUCUGCAUAUCAGCAGAUUCUGGGGGUGACGACACCGGAGAAACCGGUGCACGUCAUUGCUUUCGACUACCGUGGAUUCGGCCUGAGCACUGGCAGUCCCACGGAGCAGGGUGUGAUUGAGGAUGCGGUAUCGUUAUUGUCUGCUCUAACUGGGGAGUCUGAUGACGGCAAGAAUCGACGCAACACAGGGCAACAGUAUGUGGACCCAGCCCGGGUAGUUUUGGUGGGACAAUCCAUGGGCACGUUUAUUUCGACGGCCUUUUAUCACAAGUGGUUGGAGCUCAACAGAACCCCGUUUAGGGCUUUGUUGUUAAUCGCCAGCUUUACUUCAUUGCCCAAUUUACUCGAGUCUUAUUCGUUCAAGGGCCUCACUCCUCCAAUCUUGUCCCCGUUGAUGGCAUAUCCUCGACUCCAGCAAUGGUUGCGCUCCCAAAUCCAGGAUCAAUGGGACGCGAGCUCUAGGCUAGUGGAGUUGGCAAAGACGCCCGAGGUUCAACUCAAACUGGUCAUGCUACACGCGCGCGACGACUACGAAAUCCCGUGGCGAGAGGGACGAGCCAAUUGGGACUAUGCACUGGAGGCUGCAACUAAAGGCAAAGUCGAUUUCCCUCGCAACCUUGACCGAGAGGAAUGGAGAAGCUCAGACGGCAGAAAGCAUCUACGCUGGGAAAGGGUGCGGCAUGGAGGGCAUAAUAGAAUCCAGACAAGUGAACAGGUUCGGCUAGCGAUAUUGCGACUGAUAGAAGGUGAAUAGACGGGGCUGCUAGAAGAGAUGGAAGCAUUGCAAGCCCAAUACCUCGUAGGCCUGUGUUGUUGUCGGGUGCCUAUGCUGACAGGGGUUAAGCGGGAAGACGGUGCUGGGCUGCCCUGGAGAUCGUCUUUGUUCACGCCCACAAUGGACUCCACCACGGUCAGAUUCAGAGAUUUGGAUGACGCGAGAUGCGAAUCUUUUUCUGCUGCAAUGGGUGGCAUUGAAUAAUAUGGCAGCCUAGUUUUGGUGCGUGUAGGGAUGGGAGACGUGCGCUUCGGGGUGUCUGAGUGGUGACCAUAUGGACAUCUGUCGUGUUACCAUAGGACAAUGUGUUUUUUCAGUAAACACGUACCAAGCAC